AUGGAACCCAAACGGCUACCGCCGUCGCCGCGGCCGGGACCUCCACCGAGAUUGGAGCGUCCAGGAGUGUCGUCUACAUUACCGUCCCCAAAAGCAGCCCCGCCACAUGUUCCACCACUACUGCAACCUCAGCCAACAACAACAACGAGACACACUGUAUUCAACGAGUCAACGUGGUUACGUGACGACGAGUUUAUCUGUGACGCGUACUAUGCCAGCCAGCCAAAGACAAGGAAAACAGUUCACGUGGUAUCGUCUCAUUCGGUUCAGAAUAACUUGUUGCACAAGCAAUGCGCCGAAACGAUUGCGCAGUGCUCGCAGUCGUUGCAGGAACGACGGCAGCAGAUGGCGGCAUUAUCGCUGCCCUUCACUCCAUUACGCAAGAAGUCCAUGACAAAUUCCUCCAGCAGAGAUCGAUAUGCAUCACCAGCCCCUGCAACGAGCAGACUGUUUGACUCAACGUUGUCGCCCAUCGUUCCUGAGAACUGUCCGCCUCAGCCGACCCCGGAGCCGUCGUGUGAUGUGAGAAAGCGGCUGUCGUUCCUCGACGAUGCCAUGGACGAUGACAAGACCUUGGAUACGGUUGCUUCUGUCACUACUUCCGGCGAUCUCUCGGCGCAAAGCAUCAACGCAUCUGACGCCAGUCUGAACGACUCCAAAGCCGAAGGCACCAUGCUUUAAAAAGUGAACAAUGAAUCGAUU